AUGCAUAGUUUAAAUCAUGCCUUAGAAUUACUUCGACAUCAUAUUCCAACAUUUUCAACAACACAACGUUUAAGUAAGAUUGAAACAUUAAGAUUAGCUAAAAAUUAUAUACAUACAUUAUCUGAAUUAUUAACAGUAAAUAAAUCACCAACAUCAUUACAAAUUGCAUUGAAUUUAACUAAAAAUCUUUCACAGAAUACAACUAAUCUAAUUGCUAAUACAUUACAAGUGAAUCCAAGACUUUUAAUUCAAUUACAACAUGAAAAUUCAUAUCAUCAUCAAUAUACUACUAGUGAAUCAAAUAGUCAUAAUACAAGUUUAUUAUCAAUAACAGAUCAAUUGAAAUAUGAAAUAUCUACAUCAAAAAAUAAUUCAUCAUUGAAUAUUGAUCAACAUGAAUAUACUAACCAAUCAAAAUUCACUAAAAUGACUAAUGAUCAUUGUUAUAAUCAUCAACUAGCCAAUCAUAAUAAUUCAUGGAAUGUUGAAUUUAAUUCAAGAUUAAUGAAUUUACAUAAUAAUGACAAUUUGAUAACAAAUCAAACAAAUGUUUUCUUCCCUAGUCCUAUAACUGAUUGGAGUCAAUCACAUUUAUUUAUUCCUUCAGAAACUGCAUAUUCUUCUGUGAAUAUAAAUGAUAAUAAUAAUAAUAACAAUAAUAAUGACAAUAGUAAUACCAACAAUCAGUUUAUGCAUGCUAAUUCAGCCGACAAUAUCAAUCCUUAUGAACAUUCUUUUUUACAAAUGAUGAAUAAACAACAAUUUUGA